CAUAAACACAACAUUUCUCUAAGUUUGGAUUUUUUCCUGAGUGACAUCAUCCCAAUGGGCACUAAAUUGAGAACAAAAUCCACAGUUUUUAACUGAAAAAAAAACCAUUCUGUUUAAAAAUAAUGUAUUUCCAUUUUUUUCAACAAAAAUGAAAGCACAUUUUUGUCCAGAUUCUAUGUUAUUUCUUUCUUUAAUGAUGUGGUCUACCAAAACACUGCACACAUCUGCUUCUGCUCCAUGUCUUUUUGCCAAAUUUUAGAACCCUUUGUGGCCCACAAGUCAAAGUUUUCCCACCACUAGGCUAACACAAAGCUCAACAACUUUCUACUGUCUUUCUUAAAAAAAAAGUUGGAUAGACAAUUUGUUUUUGUUUUUUUUUUUGUUUUUUUUUUACACGUUAUUCUAUACUUAAAAUGUCCUUUCUAUUGUAAAAUAAACAAUGAAUCGUUAAAUAAAAAUGAAUGUUUUUGUGGAAAUCAUAGACACACUUGACAGGUGCAGCUAAUUAGUUGAUUAUUUAAUUAUCAACAGGUGUGUCUGUGAAAAGGUUAGGACAAGAAAGAAAAAAAAAGAUAGAAAUCUGUUUUAUUUUUGCUUCUACUGUGAUUAUUUGUUCAAGUGUGUUGUUGAUUUAAGUUUGAACUUUUUUGUUCAGUUGAAGACUUGAGAAAGCCCAGAUAGUUUUAAUGUAUUAACUGGAUUUGUUAUACUGUUCUGCUUUUGAGCAGGUAAAUAAAAUGGGUUUUCUUGAAGGUAUAAGUAACAUUUUUGGGAAAAAAGGACUAAGUUGAGAGGUUUCUUAAUGGAAAAUUGGACAUUGAGAUCCAUCAUUUUUUUUCGUUUUAUUUCCUGUAAUUACAUCUUCUUAUUUAAAGAAAUCAACAUUUUUUUUAACAAAUAAGGAGUAUAUCACAGUAUAUCCCUCCUCAGAUCAGCAGCACUUGUGGAGAGCUGCCGCUGGUCAGGUGGAUGUGGUGAGGUGUGUCCAUCUGUUACUGACUUGUCUGCUGCUAUAAAAGCACAGAGGUGACUCUUCUACAGCCACAUUUUAUCUCAGGUUAUGACACAAUUAAAAUGGAGAAAAAGAGCAGCCCAGGACUCAUUCUCUGUUAUUUUCUGGCAUCUGUGCUCCACUUGGAAGCAAAAUUAGAAGUAAUAGUUUACUUACAGAAAACUGGACAGAGCUGGGACGAUGCAAGGCAAGACUGCCAACAGAAUCACGUUGAUAUGGCUACCUGGAACACUGUAAAUCUGGACGACGUCGCUGAGUGGCUUGAAGAAAACGAUUAUUCUGCUGUCUGGAUAGGUCUACAUCAAGAUUCUCAGGAUUUUGGUUGGAGGUGGAUUAAUGUAAGAACUGGUGUAGGUCUCACAGGUGAUGAUGUCACACAGAGUGAAAACUGGUCAAACACGCUGGAUGUUGGAGAGCUGCUUCUUGGAAAGUGCGGCGCUUUACUUUCGAACUCUAAAAAAUGGGACAAUAAAGUGUGUUCCUCAGACCUUCCUUAUAUCUGUUUUGACGAUAAUCUGCUGUUGAUAACUGAGAACAAAACUUGGGAGGAUGCUCUGAACCACUGCAGGAGCUUGUCAACAUCAUCUUUAAAGUAUGACCUCCUGAGUUUGUCGACGUUGCAAAGUCAGGGCUACAUCAGAGACAGGAUCUACAAAGCCACCACCGAUCAGGUUUGGGUAGGUCUACGUUUCUUGGGAGACAAUUGGUUUUGGUCGGAUGGCAGCACAGUCAGCGAACAGGACAUGCUGUCAAAGUGCCCGGCCCAGUGGAAAUUCUGCGGGGCUGUCUCCAAAAACGGCACAGACGAAUGGAUGACCAGGGACUGCUCUGAGAGAAGAAAUUUCAUCUGUGCUAGCACUGAAGUAGAGAACUGAACCUCCCCUGAAACACAUGAACUAGACGACUGGUUAUCAAAGCGUCUGUGCAACGGGAAGUUCUUUAGAAGUCGUAAUGGAAGGCAUAAUAAUGAAAAUCAUUUAUUAUUUGGAAAUAUUUAUUUACCAUUUUGAGUGUGAAUCAUGUCUGUUAGUUGCUGAUUAGUAAAGAUUAGUGACUCUGUUUGAGCCAGCUUUCAAUUAGAAAUGUGGUCAACUUUAAUCUACGAGAACGUAAAAAAAAAACAACCUGUGUCAUGACAUUUGAAUAAGGCAUUAAUGCGAUUUACUUUUUGUUUUCUUAAGAAAGAGGCAAACAAAUUAGCUUGGUUAAACAAACGCACAAAUGGCAUUUAAAUGAAACUUAGGUAAGACUAGUUUCCUUACAGAUACAAUAUGUAUGUGGUUUUAGAAGACAGAACAUUUCUUUAAAACCUAUUUUGUUAUUUCUUUUUAAAUUGUUUUGAUUUACUUAACCACAUUUGGCACAUUGUAAUAUAAAGUCCUCAUUUUUUUGUAAUGUGAUAAAAUUGUAUAUUUGAAUUAAAUCACAAAAAGUGUUUUCCUC